CGCAAGUCAGUGUCGAGGAAGCCGUCAGAGAGGAGGAACGCUUGGGGAUUUCUUCGUCUUUUUAUUAAAAAACAUAAUAAUCCUUCGUUUAAUUUAUCGAAGCCAUGGCCGAACAGGACGACUUAGCUACUGCCAUUCUUAAAGAGAAGAAGAAGCCCAACAGGCUCAUUGUCGAGGAUGCUGUCAACGAUGACAAUUCCGUGGUGGCACUCAGCCAGGCCAAGAUGGAUGAGCUGCAGCUCUUCCGUGGUGACACAGUCCUGCUCAAGGGCAAGAAGCGCAAACAGACUGUCUGCAUUGUGCUCUCAGACGACACCAUGCAGGACGACAAGAUUCGCAUGAACCGUGUGGUCAGAAACAACCUUCGCAUCCGCUUGGGAGACAUCGUGUCCAUCCAGCCAUGUCCAGACGUCAAGUAUGGCAAGCGUAUCCACGUCCUGCCCAUUGACGACACUGUUGAAGGUCUCACAGGAAACAUCUUUGAGGUGUAUUUGAAACCCUACUUCCUGGAAGCAUACAGGCCUAUCCACAAGGGUGACCUUUUCCUUGUGCGAGGUGGCAUGAGGGCAGUGGAGUUCAAGGUGGUGGAGACGGAUCCUGCACCUUAUUGCAUCGUCUCCCAGGACACUGUUAUCUAUUGUGAAGGAGAGCCAGUCAAGCGAGAGGAGGAGGAAGAGCAACUGAAUGAGGUUGGCUACGAUGACAUUGGUGGCUGCCGCAAACAGUUGGCACAGAUCAAGGAGAUGGUGGAGCUGCCUCUCCGCCACCCUUCACUCUUCAAGGCCAUUGGUGUCAAGCCUCCAAGAGGUAUCCUUCUCUAUGGUCCUCCUGGUACUGGUAAGACCCUCAUUGCCCGUGCAGUGGCCAAUGAGACGGGAGCAUUCUUCUUCCUCAUCAACGGACCCGAGAUCAUGUCAAAGUUAGCCGGUGAGUCCGAGAGCAACCUUCGCAAGGCCUUUGAAGAGGCUGAGAAGAAUGCCCCUGCCAUCAUCUUCAUUGAUGAGAUUGAUGCCAUUGCACCCAAGCGUGAAAAGACACACGGUGAGGUGGAAAGACGUAUAGUGUCACAGCUGCUAACUCUCAUGGAUGGCCUCAAGCAACGAGCCCAUGUCAUUGUGAUGGCUGCCACAAACCGCCCCAACUCCAUCGACCCGGCACUCAGGCGAUUCGGACGCUUUGACAGGGAGGUUGACAUCAGUAUCCCAGACACUACAGGUCGUCUGGAGAUUUUGCGCAUCCACACAAAGAACAUGAAGCUGUCAGAUGAUGUGGAUCUGGAACAGAUUGCAGCAGAGACCCAUGGUCACGUUGGUGCUGAUUUGGCAGCCCUGUGCUCAGAGGCUGCUCUCCAGCAAAUCAGAGAAAAGAUGGACCUCAUAGAUCUAGAUGAUGACCAGAUUGAUGCUGAGGUAUUGAAUUCUCUGGCUGUGUCUAUGGACAACUUCAGGUUUGCUAUGGGCAAGAGCACACCGUCAGCUCUGCGUGAGACAGUGGUGGAAGUGCCCAACACCACUUGGAACGAUAUUGGUGGUCUCGAAAAUGUCAAGAGAGAGUUGCAGGAACUGGUGCAGUACCCUGUAGAGCAUCCGGAUAAAUUCCUCAAGUUCGGCAUGACCCCCAGCAAGGGUGUGCUCUUCUAUGGCCCUCCUGGUUGUGGUAAGACCCUCCUGGCCAAGGCUAUUGCCAAUGAGUGCCAGGCCAACUUCAUUUCCAUCAAGGGCCCAGAACUCCUUACUAUGUGGUUUGGUGAAUCUGAAGCCAAUGUCAGGGAUGUGUUUGACAAGGCACGUUCAGCAGCACCUUGUGUUCUAUUCUUUGAUGAAUUAGACAGUAUUGCCAAGGCACGAGGUGGCUCUGCUGGUGAUGCUGGUGGAGCAGCUGACCGAGUUAUCAACCAGGUUCUGACUGAGAUGGACGGCAUGGGAGCGAAGAAGAAUGUGUUCAUUAUUGGUGCCACCAACCGACCUGACAUCAUUGACCCAGCCAUUCUUCGUCCUGGCCGUCUAGAUCAGCUCAUCUACAUCCCUCUGCCUGACGAGAAGUCACGCGUACAGAUCCUGAAGGCUUGCAUGAGGAAGUCUCCAGUUGCAAAGAGUGUUGACCUGGAUUACCUUGCCAAGGUCACUCAUGGUUUCUCAGGUGCAGAUUUGACUGAAAUUUGCCAGCGUGCAUGCAAACUUGCCAUCAGACAAGCCAUUGAGGCUGAUAUUCGCCGAGAGAGGGAAAGAGCAGCUGGAGAUACCAUGGAUAUGGAGGAGGAGGAUCCCGUUCCCGAAAUCACCCGUGACCACUUUGAGGAGGCAAUGAAGUUUGCCCGUCGGUCAGUGUCAGACAAUGACAUCAGAAAAUACGAGAUGUUCUCACAGACGCUACAGCAGAGUCGAGGCUUGGGAUCCAAUUUCAGAUUCCCCGACCAGCAAGGCCAGGGCGGCAGUGGCCAGGGAGGAAACUUUGGUGCCGAUGGAGAGGACGAUGACCUCUAUUCCUAAAGUGUCUCCCAUCCCUUACCCUAUCCUGCUCCUCUCCAGGGGGUUGGCUUGUGGGGAAGGGUUUGACAUAGGGCAUAAAAUACUAGAAUCAUUCUGAGUGGAAUGCUUGGACUAUUCCUUAAUAUAGUGGGGGAGAACCUUUGAGUCUUGAAUUUCAGGAACACAUCGUAACUUUUGUUUGUCCAGAACAAUAAAAAGGGGACAUACAGGUAUAUAUUUAUAAAAUCCCCUCCUCACGCUCGAGCAGUAGUGAAAUCAACAAGAAGAAUCAUAAAACCACUUUACCAAGAUGUAAACACUUUCAUAAUCGGUGUCCUUUUAUCCCAGUCUCGGGUUGCCUGGAAUAGUCUUGUUUUACUGAAUUGGGCACAAGGCUUGUCUUGGCGUGAUUUAAACAAAACACAAAAUAUUGUUACAAAAGGGAAAGAUAUUUGAGAAAAAAGUGUCGAAGUAUUGAGUGGUGGCCGCUGUUCGUAAUAGCCCCAGUGAAGAAGGUUCGGGCUAGUCAAAAAAUGGAGUAGUUGUGAUGAAUGUGCUUUGAUGCAUUCUUACUUAGAACGUUCUAGCUUUAUUUCCUUAGGCAGAGUUUUUUUCCUUUUUUUUUUCUCUCUCUCAUUGUAAUUUAUAAGUUAAGUAUUUUUUUAUUAAGGAUUUUAAAUUAAUUUGAGUAUAAUGUGCAAGGAAAAUUCCAUUUAAAGUAAUGCACUGUUUAGAGUCGAUAGCUAAAGUUGAAAAGGCCAUAAAUACUAAUUGCACUUGGGAAAACUUUUUUUUUUGUUUUUUUGUUUUUUUGUUUUGUUUUUCUUUUUUGGCUCCAUGAAAAUCUGUAUUUUUGUGGAUUUGAACUUUGGCAUGGAGCUUGAAUGUGGUGAAUGUACUCUAUUCCCCAUGUGUAAAUGUUAAAUAUGUAUACUUCCCUUUUCUUACACAAUAAACAAAAGUCUGACUGAA